AUGAAAGAAGUUGGGGUUGUUGUACACAAUGUAAAGCAGCUUAGGAUUGAAUCAAGCGGAAAACCAACUCCAAGGGGAACACAGAGAGAUAAAAUGGCUGCCAACUCUCGACGCCGGAAGAAGGCAAGAAACAAAAGGUACUGGUACAAAACUAUUGAUUUUAUUUUCAUUUGGUAUUUUUUUAUCAGUUAUCAGAACAGGAAGUAAAAUUUUUUAGAAGAGGGCGAGGUAUACGUGCCGGGUGACAAACUGUUGAUCGUUAUGGAGAACUUUUUCGACGUUUUUAUUAUACUAUACAAUAAGUUGAUAUUGGGUAAUAGAUGAAACACCAACCGGUGUUUACAAAGGAACUUGCAUUCUAUUAAAAAAAUUAAAGGAAAUUUUACAAAGGGUCGGCGGCAGUAAAAUUUAACUUGGAAGUGUACCAUUUUCUAAUUUAGGGAUUACAACUACAGUAGAAAACAAGCUUAUGCAAGUUAUUGUUUUAAAAGAAGCUAAAGUACUUGAGUCGAAAUGUGAAAUAUGCAACUUAAAAAUUUUAAAGCAACCAAUUCAAAUUUUGAAAGCUGUUAUGUUUAAUGUAUAGAUUAAUGAUGGAAUUCAUCAGACAAUGCUUGUAUGUUAUUUGUGAUCUGAUCUACUCGGAGAGAUAAAAAUAAGAUAUGUAAUGUUUAUGUCAUCACCCAGCCUGUCUCAAAUAAUGAGUACUUCCUGAUCAAACCUUCCAAAAUAUAUAUAUCAUAUAUCCAAAAAAAAUAUACAGUGGCAGAUCCAGGGGAGGGCCCCCCCUUAUUUUUAGACCGAACUGAGACCCGAAAAGCUGAAAAAUUUUUUGGGGGAGACCGCCCCCACCCCCCCUUAUCUAAGGGUCUGGAUGACCGGGCCUCCCUGCUUCUCUCAAGGUCUAGAUACCGCACUGAUAUAGAUUUCUUUUUUGGGAUAUGGAUACAUUUCCCUCAUUCUCUAUAAUAAUACUGUUAUACCAUGCAUCUGUACCUCUCCUGCGGAGGGUUAUUGGUUUGAAUCACCCCCACCCCCCUUUGGAAAUUCCAGUUUAGGUACAGACUUUCCUUUCAAAGUAAUAGCCUUUUUAAGUCCUCUUCUCUUUGGGAUUUUCAUUGACCCUCUAUUGGGCAGGAAGGGAUAAUUUUUGGUCCUUAGGAAGACUGCACAAAUUGUUAUAAUUAUUAAGGUACGUAAAAAAGUAGCAGUUUGUAUUUAAGGAGAGUUUUCUCAUGUUGUUUUAUGAAGCCAAUGGAAGGAAUUUAUUGCAAUAAAUUCAAGUAGGAUAAUGCUUGUUUCUGUUAAAAUUCUGUGGGUGAUGAUAACAUACAUCCACUGACCAGGGAAGAAGGGCUAGUAGCUGAAGAGUUUCACAGCCACUACUCUAGAACAAAGACAAUUUUACAUUGGGUGAAAUUGCAUUGGAAUGAAGCAUCCAGAGUACCUGUAUCGGGUAAUGGAAAACAAAUGAACAACAUUAACAAGAUGGUUUUCGCCAGGGGUUUUCUUUCCUUGUUUCCAAUUCCUCUGACAUCAAAUGGACACUCUGACAACGGAUUCAAAAGUGUGGAAUUUUAAGUUAAGAUGGAAUCCAUUAGGAAAUUGAGUAAUUUUAAUUUUCAAUGGAUGAAAACCUUGUACCAGAAUACUUUCAAUCACGUUGCAUUCUUUUAUACACUUUUCGAGGGCUAUAAAUGUAGUAAGUUAUAAGUCUAUAUGAAAUAACUCCGAAGAAAAUGUUCUAGCGAUUAUAUGUAUGUGUAAUGAAAUGGUGACGAGUGAAAUUAUUCCCUAAUUUCACGAGUAUACCAUUUGAUUACCUAUUAAUAUCAUGGGUGACGAAUUACGUUUGCAGUCUUGGAUUUUUGACAUUUUUAUCCUGGAUCGUAUCGAUCGAGAACUCCUGCACUCUCUCGAAGAGAGAGAAUUUGGCUUAAGUUCAGAGUUUUUCGACAAAAUACUUGCUCUUUCAUGUGUUCAGGUUUUCUAGGGUUAGGGUUGUUAUGCCCUGGCAUUUUCAUUCAUGAUAUUUUAAGACUUUGUCGCCAUCUGGACACUGAGACGUAUGGAAGGUUGCCAUGGCAAUUUUGUACCUUGAAAUUACAAAUUAUUGUUAAAAUUUCGCGCCAAAAUUAAAGAGUAAUUCGUCACCUAUGAUAUUAGGCUUGAAAUAUUCUGGUAUAACGUUUUUGUCCCCUUGAAAUUAAAUUACUCAAUUUCCUGAUGAAAAAAAUGCAUCUUAAUCACAUUCGAAAGAAAAAUUGUAUGCAAGCUGACUUCACCAAGCAUGAGUCAAUCAUAUAAUUGAAACUCUGUGGAGCAAAGAAGAAAGGAAAGGUUUACAUUGGAUCAUAAGAAAGAGAAUUGUAAGCAGGACUGAAAUGCUGUUUUCCCCAUGCUGUCUACUUCUAAUUAUGAUAGGUGAAAACUAGCCAUUAGAGUUUUAAUUCCAUUUCUUUCUGAUUCCCCCCCACCCAUUUCAAAUGGGGAUACCCCCACCCCCCAGGCAUUUCACCACAACAGAUCAUAAGUAAUGGAGUUGUAAGCAGAAUCAGAAUGCUUUUGUUUAUACUACAUUCUUGUCUAGUCUGUAGGCCUCAUUUUCCGCUUGGCCUAUGGGUUCCGGGUCACAUGAUCCACCUCACAGAAAAAGACUACAUUGACCUAAAAGGCCUAGGAAGACACUGCACAUAAACUAGGCAAAUUACACUCUACAAUAAUUCUGAUUAUGACUCCAACUCCAUUGCAAGUGAAAACCAACCUUCAGAGGUUUAUUUUUAUUUUUCUGACGUUCUGAAGUGCAAUAGCCAAAGUCAACCAUUUUUUGUUGAAGAUACUGGCUUUGAAGAGGUAUUGUCUUUCUGCUUCUGAACAUCUGGGAAUUAUGAAGCUCCUCUGCUGUUCUCCACAUUUGAUUGAUGUCCAUCUCACACUUGAGAUUUGAGAGCCAAUAACUAAAUUUUUAGUGGGCUCAAUUUCUUCUGUAUCUCAAGUCUGGUCUUUGAUCCUCCUCAAAGAGAGAUGAGAACAUUAAUUUUUCAAUGGCCUUUUUUUGACACAGACACUUCAGUUCUGUUUCGACUUUAUAAUGAAUCCAUCUUUAUUGGUCAAAGACAGGCCCAUAUAUAUGGGCCUUAAACUGUGCAGGUAUAUAGCACUAAAACAAAACUGAAUGCAAUUAUGCUGGCAAUUUGGCAAAGGGCUGAUGUAACAAAUUUAGUCCUCCUGGGACAGUGUAGUUUUGGCCCUGAGGAAGGCUAAUUUUGUUAGGCAACAUAUUGUCCUGAAAUAAAUCAGCCCUUUGCCAUAUUGCGAGCCUUCAAGUGGCGUCUGGCAGUAGCAUCUCUACAUUGGAGAUCCGGCAAGAAAGUCAACCAGUUGGUUUUAGUUAUGCGUUCAGUGGACAUUUGCAUUCAACAACAACAACAACAACAACAAUAUUUAUUUUCAUUCCCAUUUACAAGUGGUUUUUAUAUAGCACUGGUGCCCGCAAAUUUAGAAUUAAGGCAACCCAUUCACCAGUCUAUGCUCAUCGACACAUUACACCCUUAACUACAACUUGUGAGCGAAAUAUAGGCAAACGCAGCCUCUUUAAAGUACAACAGCUUUUUGUAGAGGUUUAUAACAAGCAGGUGAGGACAAUAUUGGUUAGGGGGUGGUGGGGAGGGGGACCUAGGGGAGGGUCUGUUCUCAUAAAAGGAGGGACAGGUGGUGCUUUAUCUUGCUGGCAAAAAUGCUGAAACCUAGAAGGUCUGGAGGAGUCCUGGAGUUAAACAGUCUUGAGAGUAGUCGGCCAGGGGGGUCUUCGACCAAUAUUUGGGUAUAGGUGAGGUGCUGAGGGUUUGAAACCCUGACUCUGUUCAGGAAAAGUGCAAUAACCUCAAUUUUAUUACCCUGCUUAGGAAGAAGACAAAAUGCACAUCAUCUUGUUUUGAAGUCAUUUAUUGGCAAUUACAAUAAUAAAAUUGAACAAAUUUAUGUCAGGUCAGUUGGAUAAAAACACUCACGGCCGAACCAACACUCAGGGUCUUUGAAUAACUGAGGAGAAAGCUAGUGCUGCCUUUUUAAAAACAUCUGCAAACGGUUAGACGUUCUAGUCUUCUCUGAUAAGGACAAUAAACCGUAGGCCCAGUCUCACAACCCUUGCAUAUAUAAAUUCUGUGGGACGUUAAAGAACCCACACACUGUUCGUAAAGAGCAGGGGACAUAGUCUCCGGUGUGGUGGUCUAUCUCUCUUGGGGGGAGGGACUGUCACAGGCCUGCAGUAUUUAGCGUCAUGCUGUUGCGGUGACCCUGCCAAUAAUUGGCGAAUCUAAUAAAAUAAAAAUAAAAAAAAUAAGCAGGUUGAGUUUCAAGAAAAUAUAAGGGCUUUCCUCCCUCAGGAACAAAGCAAGCUGUCCAUAAUAGUUGGUUGUGUGUAUGAAGCGGGUAUCAAUAAAGUUGAUAAAGCGAGAAUUGACUGUACACCCCCCCCCCCCGCCAGGUUUAGCCAGGUUUCUUCACCCUUUACGCCUCCUAUUAUUCUGGUUUUCUGAGGAUACAGAUUAGGAGAAAACAUGACAUGUAGCAGCUCGAUCUGAGGCAUUCUGAAAGUUAAGGACUCAUUAAAAAGCUGCUGAAAGUAAUAUUGUCCCUAAGUUGUGGUCUUGAAAAUCAAUGUUUUGUUUCCUAGAGGCAAAGGACAUUUUUCUAAACCUUACAAAAAAUGUUAAACUUUCAUCUGUUUCAUUGACCUUGAACUUUCUUACCUAAAUAUGAUUGUUUGGGAAUUUUUCAAUUAAAUGUCAUUUUCUAUGUGCAAUCAUUCGCUUGAGAACGUGUACCACCUUAAGGUUUAUCUAUAAUAUUUCUGCAGUGAUUGCUGUUGAAAAAAAAAGGCUAUUUUUCUGUUCAAUUUUCAUGUAUUUUUUUUGUUGUUUUUCGAUCUGUAACGUGAAAUGCUUUCAUUAAUUAUUCAUAUAUUUCACAGCCUUAAUUGCUACGAUUAUUUUUAAACUUUACUUAAACAGAACUCUUUUCGUCAAUAAAUUUACUACCUUUCAAGCUGUUUAAAAAUAUAAUAAUAUAAUUAUACAUUUUUUUUGUCAUUGAAACUGAGCAAUUGAAUUUUAAAAUUUAUUCUACAAAUUAUUUCAUUUCGUGCUUGAAUGUAUCAACAAUGAAAAAGCGCCCUGCGUGACGCCUUGCGUGUUUCCACGUACGCACGCACUUUGUUGAAAUUGCACAGAUUUCAACUCGGAUGAAUUCAAAAGAAAGAAAACAUUUCAAAAAAUUGCACAGAUGAUUUUCGUUGUAUUUAGUUCGUAAUAACUGACCUCCGAUUAUAUUUGUUUGUUAAGAGUACAACUUGAGUUAGAAGUAGUUUAGUUUGAAAUUAAUCACUUAAAAAGACCGGAAAGAUAUUGGAGUGGUUAUUUGGUAGUGUACACGCUUUUCCCAGAAUAACGAGAGAAAUACAAACCGAGAUAACGCUUUUCUUAGCCAUGUGACAAAAGGCGGUGACCGAUGUGUGACCCUGCUCCGUUCAAAGCUCUUUAUUAUUAGCAGCGAAAAAAAUAUUUUCAUAAAUCUAGUGUCGGCUGGUCGGCCGUAGGAAAGCCCCCAUAUCGGAUGUUUAAUUCCGGGGGGCGUUGCUCUAGAGAUCGACGCUGACAGUCAAUUCUUUUUAGUCCAAAGUAAAUAUUUGCUCUGUUCUUUUCCUUUACAUUUUCGACAGGGAGACUUCGACGGAAACUCGUGUAUUCAGUUUCGAAGUUGUUUUCUUUCGUGCUACAAGAUUGACAUGUUUUAUUUUUGUCAUAUCUGUGUUUUGCAGCGCACUCCAAUGCUUCACUCGGUUUGUCGCUCACACUAUUGUUUCACACUUUCCGUGACGGAAAACCAAAUUGCCUUAUCUUUUGUUUCCUGAAGUAGGUAUAAGCGCAGAUAUUUUUUAUUGGAUGAAAGGAAAAUCUUGUGGCGUCAUUGCAGGGAACAAAAAGAAAAAAUCGCAUCCUUUUAUAUGAAUCUCGUUCGAAAGGAAACGACUUUUUUAGAAUUAGGUCCCCCGGCUAUCAUUAUCACGUGAUGUACACGGCACCUUUGAACCAAUCAGGAGGCUUAAACGAAAAAUGCGCAUAAUAGCUUUCCAUCGUCGGAAAACAAAUCGCCAUCUUGAAUUUGGUUGUUUGGGAUAACCUUUGGAAUUACAAUUCUUUGGAGAUGAUUUUGGUUUUUAACAUCUUCGAAGAUUGUUGAGGUCUUAAAGUUUGCUUUCUACGGAUUUUGCGGUCUCUGCUGGCGGCAAAUUUCGCAGCUAUGCCUCCUGUAAAGCGUUUACAGAAAGCUAGGUAUGGAGUACGCAGUAAUGUUGAAGUGUCUAUCUUGCUAAGUACGAGUGGAAAUAAUACGGCAACAACGCCCGAUAACUGUGAUCACUCUGUGCUUUGCCCUAUUCUAUUUCAAACUGCAUAAAUCGCGAGUAUUGAGAUCCACUGAUGUCCAGUUUUUUUGCUGUUUUUCAGGACGAAGAGUACAGACAAUUCAAGGUAACGUACGAUAACGUUUGUCAUUUUGCUAGAUUCAUACAGCGUCUUGAGUCUUUCCGUAGAACCCCAACGGAUCGUAGGCGAUCGAAAAGUUUUGAAGGUUAACAGCUGUUAGCUGAUAGGAUUCAUCAGUUAAGAUUCGCUUAAAACGGAAAUCGUCGCCUUGUAUUUGCUUGUAUGCGUGUGUGGAGAACAUGUAACAUCGAACAACUGCAAGAUUGAAUAAUAGUCUUCGAGAUCCUCCUUGUAAGUGCAAGUUAUACCACGAUACCCUUACGUCGUAGCAUUGAUGUCUUUAAGAAAAGAUCCAAUUUUUCAGGGUGAAGAUCGUUUUUUCCAAACAAUUUGGAGUUUGUUUUUUUUUUCGCCGCAACCUUGUUCGAAACGCGGCGAACCCGGUGCCGUGCAUAAAUUAGCCAAGCAUCAAUCCAGUAAUUGAGAAGUCUCGAUUUCUGUCGCUCUAUUUUUCUGUCAAUUUAAGAACAGAACGCGAAAGCCAUUGUAUAGUGAUUUGUUGGGGUUGAUUCAGGUGGUUAGGGUAUGGUUUGAGGGCGUUUUUUCUUCUCGCGGAACAUCGAGGAACGAAGAACUUGUUUAUUGUAUGUUCAUAACAUAUUAGUCGAAUUGAAGUUCUGCGAAUCGGCUACUUUGGAAUCUGUGAUCACGCAAACCAUUAGAGUCCUUCAAAAGUGACUUUAUUUGCCGUGGCAGUGUGCAACUGGCCCAGUCGCAUUUGCAUUGAUUGUUUUUAAGUCGAAGGUAAAAGUUUGGAGUGUUCUUGGCCUGGCUGGAGACUUUUUUGUUUACAUUUGCUCUUGUCGGAAAAAACCAUGUAUGUAAGUGUAGCUCAUUUUCGCUGAAACAGACAGCUGUUUUCGCGUUGUUUUCAUUGUCUUAAAAUGGUGGAUCUCUUGUGGCAGUCUUCCUGCUUCAUUUAGCGGUAUUGUCUGGUACUUUUAGCGAGAAAUUGAUUGUGUUUCUGUUUAUGUUAUAGUCAAGCACGAAAAGCUGUCGUAAUUUGCGCGUGUACGAACGAAGCAAAUAUGCUUUUGUUCUUGAUUAAUUACGGAAGGCUUUGAGGUUAACGGUAUUUUCGCUGGCGGUGGUGCCGGUGUGAUUACCGUGAAACGCGAAUAUAGGAUUGUUUUUUAUAAAACCUGUUAUUAGCGGUGUCUUUAGUGUUAAUUCGACAAGGAUAUGUACUUCAUUGUACGUACACUUUCACUGUUUUCUAGGUGAGAGUUUAAGUCGUACAUGAAACUUUUAGAAUAAGAAGACAGUAGUAUAAUAUUUUUUGCCGUAACAAUAGUACUCUGGUCUGGAAUUUCUCAAGCAACGGGCUUUCCUUUAAUGUUAUUAUAAUAAUUUGUCUCAGAAUGUUAUUUCUUCACCGUUUCAUUUCCCACGUUCACGAAAUUAAAUUCAGCUGAGAUUAAAAAUUUAAUGAGGCCACGUUUUAGCAUUGAAUACCAACUUAAUGCUGUUUUUAGAAUACAUUGCUUACAGUGGAAUUUAUACACAUAUCCAGACUUAUUAGAUUUGCUGAAGCUGUUGAAGACAGUGUCCAUAGUUGAAGUUUAAUCCAGUAUUAAAGUUACCUAUGAAAAACAAGAAUGCUGAAAACGAAAUAAACUAUGCAUUUUUAAAAGUAAAGCCGUGUAAUUAUUUUUAGAUUUGCUAGUUAUAGCAGCAGAAAAGUGUGUUCUCAAGUGGCUUUUUUUGUAGACUACCGGUUCUUACCUUGUGUUGUUUCAGCCUGUUCUGAUAUGCAUGUAUAUAAAAUAUUGUGUUUCAUCUUAUUGUUUGAUGUAAUCAAAGUAUUGCGAUAUUUUUGCAAGACAUGAAUUUCUUCAAUUCCAUUGGUAACACCCUAGCAAGAAUUUGUACUGUAAUGUCUUGAAUUUAGUUUCUCUUUUCCUGACCUUCACAAGUCAACAGGCACCUGUUAAAUUCCAUGUAAAUAAGUCGGGAAAAUAAAAACAGUGUGCUAAUCAAACAUGACAUUUUCUCGAUUUUAAGUUGCUUUCAACAAGACAUUUUCUGAACUGGUUGGGUUUUUGGUAAAAUUGUCACUUUUCAUGAAAGUUUUCUUGUUGUUAGAUCUUGUCAGUCUAGUUUUUAGAGUCACAUGAUUCUGUGAUCCCUUUUUUUCCCUCUUAAAAGUUGUGCAGGGUUUUUAGCAGCAUCCCUGAAAAAUCAGUUAUGCUAGGCAUGACCUGAUACUCACUAUAAAAUGGUGUGUUGCUGAAUUAUGAUCUUGUGAAUUACUUAUGCAGUGGAAUGUUUUUGGGUUGUGUAGAAUUCAAAUGCAUCUUGGAAUGGUCUCUGAGACACAGUUUUGCCUCAGAACUCAUGUUAGCUUCAUUCAUGUAGCUCAUGGUCUGAAUAACUUCUUUUUGUUCAAGAGGCCCAUUUUUAUUUAUCACAGCAAACUGUAUUAAAAUCAGAAACCUUAACAUGUAUGGUUAAAUCUUCUAAAUGCCUUCCAAAACAGAGAAAAUGAAUUUACCUUUACAGAGCUACAUGCAUCUAAGUUAUACUGGUUUAAUUACAGUGCAUGCCACAUUUGAGACAUUGUCUUCUCUCUUUAAUUUACCUAGCAUUUUGUGUAUUGUUCGUGCUAGUUGUCUUUUUAGCUUGUUACUUAAAUUAAUUUGCUGCUUGCACAUGGCAGUGAAUUGUGUUGUGGGAGUAAAUGCACGUGUGCAAAUAAAUCGAACACUGGUGACAUUGUGCCAAACUGAAAAGGUUGACGAGUCUCAGGCUUUCUACGUAACUAAUGAAAUUAACAGCGGUGUGAAAUGUAUAAAGAAGCCGAUAUCUCUAUUUCUUCUCAUGAGGAAAUCACAUGUGCGCUAGAGGUUUUUCCUUAAAGUGUUUUAUCAAGAUAUCUCUGGUACAGUGUAUGUGUGCGAACAUAAUGCCUGUCAGAUGGCAGCUGGUUUAUUAGCUUUACACCUUGCCUUCAGUAAAUAAAUUGAUUUUUUCUUGGCUCACCAGAGGUAAAUUAAACUGUUCAUCUCAAGCAGCGCAAGAUUUCAAAAGUCAAACCCACCUCGUGAUAAUAUAGUCAAGUCUCAUAUGGAAGCUGUCUCAAAUGUUAAACAGUCUGGGCUUCUAAAUUGGUAAACACUUUACAGUGUUUUCAAAAAAGCAGCUCAGACAUGCAGUCGAUAUGCAUAUUUCCCAGACAAACGAAAUGUGUACUAAGGAUAGAUCAAUACACUUGUGAUAUUUCUUUGUCUGUUUGGCUUUUUUUGGCAUGGUAGCAUCCCCUUUAAUAAUAAAUUUACCUUCCCAAAAGUAAAUCUACAUCAUAAAACUGAAUUAUUACUGCUUUGUUGUCCUAUUGUUUUAACCUUUUAAAACUUUUUUUUGCAUUCUUCACAUCUUUUAACAGUUAAUGCUGUUUGACUGAUUGACUUUACAGGUCAGAAAUGGUGUCAUGGAUUGAGAUAAGUAAUUUAAAAACAAGUCGAAAGCCAUGUGAUAAAUAUAAUUAGUUAUAAAAAUACUAUUUUGUUGCUCAUGGCAACAGCAAGAUCACCGGUCAUCAUGCCACACUCAGGCUAGUUUUGUUUUUCGAAAAAGAAUCAACACCAUACAGUACUUUGCAUUUGACCUUGAUGUACAUCAUGUAGCCAGGGUAACUGUGCGUUAAUUAUUUGGUCAAUGUUCCUUAAAUUGAAGUGCCUUGUUUAAAUAAUGUUGUACUGAAAACCUGAUCAAGAAUUCUUAUACAGGAAACAAUUUACAUGUAUCUCAUGGCGGGUUGAGUGAUGUUGUGUUUGUUUGUGGUCUUAACUGUUUUAUCCAAUACUUUUAAUCCAUCAAGAAUUAAAUUUCAAAGUUCCGAACUUUUACGGCUAUUGUGAACUGUGAUCUUAACUUGACUAGUCAUGAGGUUAGGGCUGCAGGUUUCCUCUGUAAAGAAUUUUUUUGAAAUAGUUGAAUGUGUCUAAGUGUCAUGAAACUGAAUUUUGCUGUUUGGUUGGAAAUGUUAAGCCACAUAUUUUAUUUAAAAGCACUAAUAAAGCAAGAUGUACUUGUACCACAAUGUAUGGGGUUGUGCUUCAAGUUAAUAACAAGAGUUGCUUAAAACAGUUUACCCAAGAAGCAGAAAAUUAUUGACAAAUAGAUAUUGUUUAAAUUAAACAGGUAAAUGAUUCAUGUUCAUUUCCUUCUUGAUUAACCCUUUACUCCUAGCUCAAACUUUUCAGUCUGUGGAAGAAACUUUUGCAUUUUACUAUUUAAAUCUUAGAAUAAUAUUUUUAACAAACGAAAUUAUUUUUUUGUUUAAGUUUUCUUUGGCCACUUUAAAUUUACCUUUGUUCUCGAUUAGUUUACAACUCUCUGGGGAGAAACUAACUCCUGGUCAACUUGUACAUUUAUUGUUAUUUAGUGUUAACAGUUUAAGGGUUGUGGCCAUUUAGCUUUGAUUCUCAGGAAGGAGGCCUUUGUUUUCAUUAAUAUGUUGAAACAUUUUAUAAAAUAACUAAGAUAGUAUACACACUCUGAUUGGUUAAAAGCCUAUGGUCUAUUGUAAGGGUAAACUCAUAGCAAACUUAAAGUUAUUUUUUAAAGCAUUAGACCACACUUUCUAUGGGUUUACCAGCGUGAUAACUCACUUGGGGUGUUGGGAGAACACUCGAAAAGCUUGUAAAUCACUUGCCUUCAGCUCAUGAUUUACAAGCUUAAAUGUUUUGCUCUUGCUGACAAAUGAUAUGCCUGUUAAAAAAUUAUUUGCAGCCUCUUUAGUCACCCUGCUACAAUGUAUAAGGGUCUUGUUGCUCUUUAUCAUGUACCACAACGUUAGAUAAGACUUACUGUACAUUUGCAACCCAAUGUAUUUGUUUACUUUACUCGACAGACCUUCAGUUUGACUUUCUCCUGUCAUGUGGUAGUAAAUUUAUAUGCAUGAACUUGUCAGAUUUGUUUAAUAUUACAAGAAAAGUAAUUUACGUGUGGUAAAAUUAUUGCUAGUCUUACUAGAAUGUAUUCUUUGAUCAUUCUCCAUGUUUUUUUUUUGUAAGGAAGUAAUUGAGAAUUAUUGCAGUUUACAAUGUUUUUCACACUGUAAACUUUAAAAAUUGUUCGGGUACUUACGGUUUAGCUUUUGUCUUAUGCAAUAAAGUUCAAUAUUUUUACAAGGUAAAAGAAGUUUAAAAUGAUUUAUUUUUGCUAGUUUGAUUGUUUUUACUAUUACUUUCUCUAAAAGCUCAAAUAAACCAGAAAAAUUAAAUAACCCACAGUUUACACUACUCCUCAGCACUUUAUGUACUUGAAACAAUAAUUAUUUUGACGAGUUCAAAAUAAAGUGUGCUAUGUUUCAUAUAAAAUAGUUAUGUUGGGUUCCCUUUGAACAUUCCUUUUGUUGAAGUAGCUAUUUUACCAUGUGUGAUGUUUUAUUUAGGUGUAUAUAGAUGUUUUUUCCAAGGGACAUAAACUUACAUGUAGUUUAUGUAUUGGAUCAAUAAAUCAAAAUCCACUGUGUAAAAAGGUUGUCAAAAUUAUGUAAAUUAUUAGGGAAAAUAUUUCCAAAAACAGUUUUUUUGUCUCACAAACGCAGCACUGGUGUUGAGAAAACAGAUUUUUUUUAUCUCUGCUGUUUUAAAUGUGGACGUGCACUGAAUCUUAAAGAUCUUCCGUCUUGCUUUUUGUUUAAACCAGUGAACAAUGACAAAAUUUCUGUUGGCAUUCCAAUAUUGUUAUUUUGGUGGACAAUUAAUCUUUUCUGGUGUCAGAUGCAUCUUUGUUCUCUCUUUCCAGUUGUUUAAUUUUCUUUGUGUUGGUUUCAGUUGUUUGGCGCCAUAAAUUGUUAAUCUAUUUUCGGAAGCAUUUCAGUGUGAUUCCUUUCUUUGUUUUGAAAGAAGAAAUAGUAAAAUUAGGAUUAAUACCAAUUUUGUACCUAAAUUACCUAAGUGUAAUUAGCACAGCAUGAGGGAAGGCUGGAUUUUUUCUGGUAAUAAAUAGGUAAAUAACACGUGCUUCAGUUUAAAAAUGCAAAGCCUGUGAAGCAUGUACAAUGUAGGCUUCUAUCUUAUCUCUUGAGCUCUGGGAUUUAUGAUAUACAUAGCAACUUUUUCAAACUUUUUGCCUUGUCCCAUUAUUGUGGGAUGUUAGUCUUCAACACUUGAGCGUAGGUUUUGAUGUCAGAAAGAAAAAAUUUAAGAAAAAUGCGUCAAUGGUUUAUGAAUACAAAGAAAGGAAAAUGGCACUUGACCUUGUGGUGCAGAGUGCAAGUUUUACUAGCAGAGAGGAAGCAAGUUUUAAGCUGAAGCUAUCGCAUUAGCCAGGUGGGCAAUGAAGCCCCAGCCCGCCCUUCCUUUUAAUACCUAUAUGAUGGUGUGAAAAAAUUUGAUUCUCUUAUUGUAGUUACGUGUACAUAUGCAGUACUUUACUGUGAUCAUAUCGGUAAAGUGCCACAAAGCAGUGCAUGUCCAUUCCUUUUUUAACUGUUGAACAGGAAAAAGUCACGAAAUGAGCAAAUUCAUGAAAUAUUAAUUCAUGCAUUGUGGCUGACUCUUUAGGUGUACCUCUUAACCCUUUCAAAGACAACAUAAUAAUGCGAAAGGAUUGCAAAACCUCAAAUCUACUGUGGUUAUGUUUGUUUAUGAAAUACUUGACAGUGAUCACACAUUGUAACUAUAGGAGCCACAAACCAUUCUUCUUCAUUUUGAAUGACGAAAGGACAAAGUCAGGAAGUAUGAGGUUUUAUCAAACAAAGCAUUUGACAAUGUUUAAUCUGGAAUUUUCCUCAUUUGGAAUUAGGCGAUUCUUAGAAUGAAAAGGUUAACUCAAGAUUACUUGGCUGUAAGCCACUUGGUAGUAUUACUUUUUGGUCACUGUAGAAGGGAUAAAAUUGACUGGUAUGACUUAAGAUGAAUAGCAUUGAUUCAUCAAAGUAUAACUGCUUAGAACUGUGAGACCACUUAACGCUUUCAAUCUGAAAAGUGCUGGAAUUUGCAUUCAACAAAAAAAAUACGAGUGUAUUUUGAGUGUGUAAAAUAUUAGGGCCAAGCUUAACUUGAAUAGUCACUUUCAGAUUUUGUCCACAGACUCAAAAGUUAGAACUACAAAUAGUAUCACAGGAAAGUACUGCUUAGGAGCUUUCAUUUGAAUGGUAACACCAUAGGAUUUCAUCCAGAGACUCAAAAGUUAGAACCACCUUGUACCGCAUAAUAAACGGUACCAACAGUACCGCAGGAUUUUAUUACUUCUCAGUAGCUUUUAUUUGAAUGAGACAUGUAUCGUUGUCUCCUAGUUAUUUCUCCAAUCAGAACUUUUGUUACUUGAUACCAGUGAUGAUACAAAUUUAAUGGUGAAUUUUAAGGCUGGUGAAUACAUGUACAUGAGAUGGUUUUUCAGUCAGUGACACAGGUGGCUUGGAAGAAAAAAUCCGAGUACUGCGAAUAGGAAUUGAACCUAUAACCUUCUGCUUACUAGUCUAGUCCACAUGCUUUACCACUAACUACAGGAGACACAUGAGUGUUAAGACAACUAAACUAGGUGCUCUUCAUACUAUUGCAUUAUCACUGUCUCGAAGCAUGGCUCUCCUAGAAUAGCUUAAGCUUUCUGUGGGUAUGUCAAUUAUUUUAACUUUGACUUUUGAACUAGUAAAAUACAGUACUGUAUAUAUGUUACAGGUCAAAAUAAAAUUUAGGUUGAAAUUUUUGAAAAGGCUUGCUUACAGUGGAAAGUGGACUUCUAGUUAAGAACCCAAGUAGAAAAAUACUUUAUGUGUGUAUUUUUUAUCCCUCAGUCUGAAUAUGUCAGGACAUGUCCAUGGGAGACUAUUUUUCAAUUCCGUUAUUUGAUCACGUUAGAUCACGCUAAGGACACGGUAUCAGAAACGAUCAUUACCAUGAAAUCUAGGGCUUGAAAUUUACAUAUUACUAUUAGCCUAGCAUGAUUUUCAGUAUCCUUUGUCUCUUAGCCCUAAUUCAUGGAAAUAGAGAAUCAACCUAGCUUAAAAAAUUUUAACCUGAAUUGAAUUUUGACUUGUAACAUAUUCAUGUAUGUUUACAUGUUCAAGUUAAUGGUCACACCCUAGGACGUCAUCAGCACCAUAGGAUUUCUUCGGUAGCCUAAGAAACACACUGCUUGAAGUGUUUUGUUUGAGUGGUCAUGCCAUGGGAUUUCAUCCGUAGACUCCAAAAAAUAGAACAAUCAUCUUGAAAUAUGGACUCUGAGGUUCAGAGAACUUGACUCGUUAUGUAAUGUUAUUGUGUACACUACUGAUAUAGUGCUUUACUCUUGACUAAGUAUUAUGUAAAUUUGUUUUUGAGUGUCAUUGAAGCUCACUUUAGCAUGUGCUUGUCGUGUCAUUUGCCGCCAAAGUUAAUUAUCAUACUUAUUGUAUAGGCACCUUUACAUGUGCAUGUGCAUGUGACAUUAAGUAUCCAUAUCAUGCUAUCGUUUAAUUCUACAAUACUUAAAAGCUCAUCUUUUUCUUGGACUUCAUACACUGGUCACAAAAUUAAUUUGUUAACGUCCUGAACUGAUGAAUGCUAAAAUAUCCAAAACAUUUUCCAGACUCUAAUGCCGUUGAUUUUUAGAAAUGUUUAAUUUUUAUUCUGACUGCUGCUUCUGAAUUUUGACAAACACUUAAAACCCUAUUAUCAACCUGUGGAUUCCCUACACUGUUGUCUAUAAUCAAUCUUGUACAAUACUGUUUUGGAGAAUUUGUUUCAAAAUUAGGACAGCUAAUUAUUUCCUUCACUAUCGCAACCUGUAUUUUUUAGUAGAUCCCAGUUUAUGUUUAUUAAAAUACUACAUGCCUACUUUCAUUCAGAACUGUUGAACUCCGCAAGGAGAGAUCCCGUGAUGCUGCAAGAAGUAGGCGAGGUAAAGAAAAUGCACAGUUUGAUGAGUUGGCAAAGCUUCUUCCAUUGCCUGGUGCCAUUACUUCACAGCUGGACAAAGCAUCGGUUGUGCGCCUCACAAUCAGUUACUUGAACAUGAAGCAGUUUAACCUCCCUAAGAGAGGUAAGAAUUGCAUGAAAUUUAGAGAAAGAUGAUCAAUGAUUAAGCUUUUGCUUGUAGACUUUCAGUCACAUUGCAUCUGUUUGUACACACUUGUUGUACAGAGAGUUUUUGAUUCAACUAAGUUAUAUCAAGACUUUGAACGUUAAAAGGGUGGCCUUGUUGGUGGUAAUAACAUCGCUCACUAUAGUAGGGAAAAAACUGAAUAUUUUGUGGAGGCAGUAUGGCUAAAUGGUUAGGGCGUGGGACUUGUCAUCCAGAGGCUCUGAGUUCAGUUCCCUCCCUGACUACUAACUGGAUUUGUUCUUGGUUGUCCUAAGUUAAAAUCCUCAGCAACAAAUGUAAAAUAACCAACUGGUUCACCUACUACAGUUGGGAUUCUUAACUUUGAAUUAUUUGUUUCAUUAUCCCUGAAAAGUCCCAUAAGGGGAGAGGAUAAUUAAGUAUUUAUUUAUUAUUAUUAUUAUUGUUGUUUAUUUGACAAAUUUUUUUUUACCACAGUUAAACGGUAUCGUCAGGGGUCAGACUGUUCAUUUCACUCAGAAUCCUCAGCCUCGCCUCAGUCAGAAGUAGAUGUUGGUGAGUGAAUUAGAGCACUUACUUGUAAUGUGAGAAUUAUUUGCAGCAGUGGGACCAAAGCCCACGAAAUAGGCUAUUUCCAAGUUUCAAAAAUUCGCACUUUCAAAACAAGGUUAAGUGCAAAAAUCUUUCUUGUGAAAAUGAGUUGUAUUUGAAUCAGAAUGAAAAGUCAUUCUCAUAUCAAUGACUCCGCACUUUGCCUCACUUCAAAACAGAGGCUUGGGAGAACUCAGAAAUGGCCUUUUGACAUGCUCCUAAUGUCCGUGGCAUCAUAGCUCUGAAUUUUUACAUUAAUUUCAAAUUGCUUGCAUUAUUAGUUGCUAUGAUUGUGACGUGUUAUCUAUGGUUUCGUUCAGUCAUGUUUGUUACUGUCUGUGUGUUAGUUGUAAACAAGUGACCCAGGUGUUAAUUCAAGAAUUUACAGUACAGUGGAACCUCAAUAUUACAAAGGGCUGCGGGCCUGGUAAAAUUUGCUUGCUCUAUCGAGGUUAUUUUUCAUAUACCGUUAAAUUCCGAAAAUAAGGCCCUCCAUGGAUAAGCCCGUCCAGAUAUAAGCCCCCCAAACCAGCAGUGCAAAAAAAAAGACUCCAUUAAAUCACCCUUUCAAAUAUAAUCCCCCCGGGGGCUUGUUACUUGGAAAAUUGCCCUCAAAUAGACAGUGAAAUCGAGUUUGAUUUUGAAACGCAAAUUUCCUUCUGUAGAUAAGCCUGCCAAAUAUAAACCCCUCCAAAAAUAAGCCCCUCAAAAAGGGCCUUUUGAAAAAAAUAAGCCCCUGGGCUUAUUUUUGGAAUUUUACGGUAUUUUUCUAUCACUGAGGUAAAGAAACUUGUUUGUUAUACAGAGGACUUUGUUAUAUAGAGGUUCAUCAUAUUGAGGCUCCACUGUAUGUGGUUGUCACUGGUCUCAUUGAUGGCUGGCAAGUGCUCCUGCCACUGUGCCAUGCCUUCUCACUGAGACAACAACAAGCUUCUUGUUUCUGUAGAUUUGAUCGGGUCUUUAAAAGAUAAAUUUAAAAGUAGGACCUCACCUCCUUUUUGCAGAUGCUCAUUUUGGAAGUGCAGGGAGUCCCUCGCCCAAUUCCUCACUUUCUUCACCUCCGGCAGCAGUGAGUUCCUCUGCAGGUAAGCGUUAACAAUAAAAGCGUUAAUAAUUUUUUACAUAAAAAAAUGUCAUAUCAUUGAGUGAAGGGACCAUGCUUUUGAAUACAGCAUAUUUUUAUUGCUUGUGCGAGUAAUAAUAAAGGAGAUCUGGGAUCUGCACUAGAGUAACUGUAAUACAUUUUUGGCAGUGAAGGAUAUUUGUGGCUGAACAGGGUGUGGUUUUCAGGGUCUUGAGUCUUGGGGCUGAUACAUUACAUUCAGGAUAUCUGUAAGCAUUUAUUUGCCUGUAUUUCAGGUGCAGUUUCAGCUUACAAUCCGAAUGAAAUAACUCUUCAGGACCUGGCAGAUAACAGUGGCAUAUUUUUGCUGCAGGUAGGGGUUACAUCAAAUAUUUUAUGGAGAAAGCAUUUCAUGGAGCAAAAGAUUUCCAUCACUAGCUUUUCCCCAGUUUACCUGUUGGAGAUAGUAGAGAGAAGUGAUUAAUCUUUUUUAUUAAUACUUUCCUUGUACUUACAAAUAUCUUUUCUUUUCUUUUGUAAAGGCCUUGGAUGGUUUUCUGUUUGUACUGUCUGGUGAGGGAAAAGUUUUGUAUGUUUCAGAGACAGUGUCAGUUCAUCUUGGUCUAUCACAGGUUAGUGUCCCUGUAACUGUAGCUAACUACAAUGUGUGUUUAGCAUGUCAAAUUCCUAAGUUUAACAAAAGCAAGCAAAAAGUUUGUCCUAAAAAAAUGAAAUGAAGAAUCUUAAAUACGAUUUGAAUUGCAUGUCCAGUGCAUUUACAAAGUUAGAAUCAUUGAAUGUUUUUUAUUAUUUUUAUAUAUUUGUUUUACAGGUUGAGUUAACAGGAAGUAACAUAUCAUGUUACAUUCACCCUGAGGACCACCCAGAUGUUAUGAAUGUUCUGGCAGAAGCCAGGGAUGAACUUGAGAAUUCUGAACAUGUACCAUCUGGAAGGUACACAGACAACAUCCCAUUCUUUGGAAAUCAGCAAGGUAUGUUUUGACCACACUUGACUAAUGGUGGAUUCUUCUGGUCCUCAACUCUUGGACAUCACUAUCAUUGCACCUUGCAUAUAUUGAAUUUUUCAAAAUUAAAUUACAGCAUUUCCUGGUAAUGAGAACAAUGCUGCCAUGGAAAAACCAAAGUCCUUCUUCAUGCGAAUGAAGUGUACUUUAGUACGACGAGGGGGAGCCUACACCAAGUCUUCAGGGUUCAAGGUGAGAAUGCUUUUAUAAACAUUUGCAGAAAAUAUUAGUCAUGCUCCAUUUUCUAUAAAAUUGGCCUCUUGUUUCCUGGUGUCUGAAUAUGAAGCCUUGAAAUAUUGCGUGCAUCUCCAAAAAUUUGGUUGUGAUAGUUUGGCAGCCAUUUGUGAUUGUAAAAAGCAAAACGAAAACUAAUGGAAAACCGUUUGUGAUGAACAUUUUUCGUCAAGUGCAUGAUAUAUCUCCAAUUCUUUUUCAACAGUGCGGGAACUCAAGUGUUUUUGUCUAGGACCUGAUGACACCAUAAUGGAAAAAACGUGCUUAUAUACAGCCGCUUUGAUAUUGCAUGGCAUUCAUCUCAAAGAAAACUGCUCUGCUAUAAAUUCAGGGGGAAAUAAGUGUUAAAAGUAUUAGUUUCACAACAAACUUUGUAACAAAUAUUACUGGUCCAAAUUGAAAGUAUGUAAUUAAUAUCUGUUGAGAAAAAUUGGUUGUUAAAUUUAUUGCUCCUUUCGAACUUACAUCGAACGGAUAGGAAAGUGUCAAAUGGAUAACUGUUAGUGUCUGUUUUGCCUUUCAAGGUCACAUUUUGAUUCCAACAUUCAUGUAAUUUUGCUCAUUGUUUUUCUUCUUCUGGCAACGAAUAUUAAUUUUAAUGUCUGGCAAUUAUUUUAUAGAGGCCCUGUUAGCGUAAAAACCGGUAAACAACAUGGCCUUGAAACAGCAACAUAAGACAAGAUGAAAAGGCAACAUGACAUUAAGAUGAGCUAAAUACCGACAGGGACAUGCCCUGCUCCUCAGAAAGCAAAACAACCAUAUUUGAAAUUCAGACUAGGGACAUACAUCCCCCCACCUGCAAGAGGGCCUCUUUUUAAUAUUCAUUUGAGGUUACAGAAGGCAACUUUGAAAAAAGUCAAGCUUGGAACACGGGACUGUCGUAAAAUAAUCAUUUAAGUUAUAUUGAAUUUAUUGUCUUUGAAGGUUAUUCAUUGUAUGGGAAGGAUGAAACAGUACUUCACUAAAGGCCUUCCAGACACCAAGUAUGCAUUUGUUGCUAUUGGACAGCCACUUCCUACCAUGAACAUAAAUGAGCUGCCGUUAGAGUGCAAUAUGUUUGUGAGCCGGGUGAACAUGGAUCUUAAAAUUGUCUAUUGUGAAGGAAGGUAAAUGCAACUAACAGCUGAUUUGUACUUUGUUAUUUGUGUCUGUUUUUCAUUAUUUAUUUUAAAAGACACUAAUGUUUGAUUUCUUCUGUUAGAAUUCAUAAAUUCAUGGAUUAUUUUGCGAGGGACAUUGUUGGAAUCUCUGCUUAUGACUUCUAUCAUGCCAAUGACAUUGCUGUCAUUCAAGGUCACCACGCAAAAUGUAAGCAAACUAAAUAACGUAACAUGCCAGUGCUGUAUUCAUCAUAGUUUUGACCUAUUAAUAGGUGAAUAUUGGUCAUAGGCUAAGGGGAGAUGUCAGAGGGUAACAUUUACUAUGAGCUGCAGUUAAUUGUUGACCCCCGAGCCCUGUUGCCCUUGAACAGUGUAAUAAUUUGUUUACUGUUUGGAACUACUAAUGUCUUUGUUGUGCAAUAAAACAGUUCACUGUCAGUGUAUGUUAAUCAAUUAUUUAGCUAAUUAUUGUUAAUUAUUUAUGUCAAUUGUCUGUUUCCCUCAUGUUACCAUUAGAGUGGUUUUCGUUUGAGUGUUGUAAAACCAAAACCAAAGUAAUUACUCUGGCCAAUCACAUAGGACACAGACAAUACAUUGAACCAAUCAAAACUCGAAGUAAUUACAUGUGGCUGACGCAAAGCGCAGCGCGUCACAAUUGGCUUUGGUUUUACUUCUGAUUGGAUGAAAAGGUGGCACGAAUCUUUUAAGCCAAUCGCAUCGUGUAGAAAGUGCAAAACCAAUUACUUUUCGACACUCAAAUGAAAACCGCUCUAUCUCCACAGUUCUUAACAAGGGUCAAGUUCUCACAAAGUACUAUCGCUGGAUGAACAAGAAUGGUGGCUGGGUGUGGAUGCAAACCAAGGCCUCUCUCAUCCCUCACCCCACAAAUCCUGAACUCAAGCAAAUGUUGUGUUUGAACUACAUUGUCAGGUAAGAUAAAGUCAGGUGAUCAACAUCAAAUUUCUCCUUGUAAUAUCACGCUUUAUGAAACACAGUGGUCAUGAGAAUUGAGGACAUGAUCAUACAAGAUGAAUCUAAUUGAUACUUCAACAGAUUCUCCCCACUACUUCUAUUGAAAACUUAUAGGGACAACAAAUGAGAAUUUGAAUUUUGAUGUUAGGGUUUAAAGGGUUAAGGUCGGAACACAUUCCAUGACAAGUUGCAGCAACAAGUCACAGCAACAGAUCACUCCUUGUAUACAGGUCAGGCGACUUGUUGCAGCAACAUGUUGUGGUGACCAGCACAGCGACAUAUCACUUGAAGUGUACUGGAGAAUUUUUUGAAAAUCUUUGUCUCUGCAAUAGAAUUUUGUUGCCACACCAAGUCACACAAAUUCUGUGUGAUUUGAUUUUUUGUGACAUGUUACAGGGGCAAAAUUCUUUUUUGGAGACAAAGAUUUUCACUAAAGUUCUCCAGUACACUUGAAGUGAUUUGUUGCUGCAACUUGUCACCAAGUGAGUGUACCGAUCUUUAGAGUAAAUCUUGCAUUUUGUACAUUUUUUUUCCUGGGCAAUUGGUUGUGCAAAAGUAGGGAAAAUACCAAGCUGUCAACUUUACCUGAUAACUAUUACUGACAUUUUGACUGCCUGGCUCUGCCAAGAUUCAAAAUGAAUAGUGCACUAUAAAUAAGUGGUAUUAAGAAUCAUUCUGGUUGUUGCCUGAUUGGGCAAUGUAGGACUUAGAGUUAUUGGUCCUCUACAGGCCUGUUAAGCCAUGGCAGGGCUGUCACUAAGUUUCCAAGUUGCUGGGUAUAUACAACUUAUAGAUGGGAAACUAAACAUCUAGGAAGUUUUUUAUCUUCUACUUUCCUUGUAUUUGCUCUCAAAGUGGCCAGGUGUCAUGCUCAUGGUAGCCAGGGGAAAUUCCUGGCCCACGGCCCUUCGUGACAGCCCUGCCAUGGUGUAACAAUUGCGAAAAGUGCUGCAGAUGAUACGUGCAGCCAUUUUGAACAACUCUACCACUACCUGCAUUAUCAUUUAUGGUACUAAAAAUGUUAGUACUAUCAAGUGAAACUUGGUUCAGCCUUAAUGAAUUUAAGAACUCAAAGUUGAGAGAGGCAGCGUAAUAAUGCCUAAUUUUCAAUGUAACACUGGUUGUUACCUUUGGUAAGUCUGACUGACAUACCAACCUACAUGUAUGGCGGGCUUUAAGAGUUAAAAUGUAAGCUCCAGUUGUAUGGAACAUACGGCAUUUGUGUACCUUGAGAUGUGAACAUGCUUCUAUGGUUUUGUUUUUAAAAAGUGAAGUGGAACACCGCGGAGUAGUUCUUGGAAUGAUGCAGUUAGAUGACAAGCCAUCAAUGCAACCUCGAGCUUAUAUCACAGAGAUAGAAAACGAAACUGAUGAUACUGGACAACUUAAAGACGCCCAGUUUGAUGACCAAGUCAUGGUGUAUCCUAAAUGGCAUGAAAACUGUAAGUUGUUACAUGUUUUAGAUACUACUUGCAAAGUGACAGUGCCAUCUUAACAAAGCUUCCCUGGUACCUGUAUUGAGAGUUAACCCUUUAAGCCCCAAUAUCCACAUACAAAUUCUCCAAACUGAUCUCCAUACAUUUCCUUCAUGAAUGAGUUGAGAGAAUUUGAUAAUUGAUCAAGGCAUUUUUCCUUAGGUGAUCAUUUUAUUAAUUCUCAUAACCCAAUCUCUUGACAUUGUAUGGAUAUCAUUAGGAGAAGUUGACAUUAGUCACUAUUGGGACUUAAAGGGUUAACUUGUAGGAAAAUAAAUAUUGUUGAAAUUCUGUCAACCAGUCAACCACUGUUGUUAACCUUGGAGAAUUAGAAACCUUGAGAUUUUAAGAUGAGUGUGACUACAAGAAUGAGAUUUGCUCAGUAGUAAGUAGUUGCACAUGUGAACCAGUGUAAUCUUAGCGGGAAAACCUGGUGGCGAUUGUCAUUCUACUGUGAGUUUUAGCGAGAAUGUCAUAGUGGUAAAACAAGUUAUCAAAUGGAAAGUUUUUUAUCAUUUGGCUAUCAGGGGUGGGCUUACAGUAACCUCCUUCAGUAAAAAUAACAAAAGUACAGUGAAGCUUUCCAGGUGUCUGUUUUUUGAGAAUACACAAAAUAGUCAAAUCUUGUACUCGUAGUCAUUCCCGUCCUUGAAUCUAAAGGUCUCUAAUGACUUUGAGUAAGGUGACUUACAAAUUGACAGCUAGUCGUUAUCAAAGAGUUGUAGUUUUAUGAUCUAUACACAGCUUUACAGAACCAACUGGCUAGUGUCUGUCCUGUAGGGAAUGUUUGAUUUAAGGAGAUACAACAUCUCUGUGCCUUUCUUACUCAUGAAAAUUUUGUUUAAAUAUGCUAUGGGAAUUACAGCUUAUGCCUGUAUCUAACCAGUCAACAACAUGUAGAACAAACUUACUGUGGUUAAUUUGCCUUUCAGCUGACAAACUGGUCCCUAAACCAACCCUGCUCGACCAAAUGGCCCUCACACGCUCAGGAUACACCAGAAGUACUUCCUGUGAAACUCCUUUGCUUCAAGCAGAUGAUGUGUUCACUUCUACAGCAAGUGAACCUUGUAGUAAACCUACGACAGUCACUACUUGGUCCCCACCCACUCAGAGCUAUAGUGGACAAGGUGACUCUACAAGUACGUAUAAUGAUGAGUUUGAAGACUUGACAGAGAUCAUUAAUGCGGAGUUGACCAAAAUAGAUCGUGAACUUGUCCAUUUUGUGGCUAAUGGCCAAACUGAUACAACACCGACCCUAAGUUUCCCUGAUGUAAGUGUUGAUGGUCUGCUUAAUGGGGACUGGCUUGGUGUGCCGUCAAAUGGCACCGUUCAGCGUGGUCUCUCUCUGGGAGGUCCAAAGAUUGAACCAAUUUCAAUAGAAGAGGAAGCUGAUUAUAAUCAGUCCAACAUGCCACCCUCAGGCAUUCCUUCUCAAUCAUCAGGGAAUUUACCAGUUGGUUGCUAUCCCAAUGAUACCAAGCCUAACUUGAUUCCAAUGGAACAAGAAAACAUCCCGUUUCAGUUGUCAAGUGCAAAGAUGCGGGGUGUUAACAACCCAUGCAUGUUCAGCAAUGGUAAUUCUGGUACCGAGCGAAAUUACCAGCAAAAUGCGCCUGUUCCGAAUAAUUAUUCCACUGGAAGUGCACCUAUGAUGGGAUUGCCUCAACAAAAGCUGACUGUCCCUUCCACAAGAAAUGCCAACAACUUAAAGAUGCCUGGUGCCGCACCAAGAAUUCCUGCAUACACUUCCACCCCCCAGGAAAUGGGAAUGUCUGGACAACUGACAACGCAAGGACCCACGACUACAGCAACAUCAACUGUCACUGUGGGGAGCUUCAUGUCAUCUGUACCAAAUCGUAAUGAUUUUGUACAACUGCUUAAAGAGACCAUUCCUGAUACGUUGGCUUAUACAGAUGAAAUGGUGGUUGACUUAGUUGAUGACAUGUUGGUAGACCAAGAUGAAGCUCAGCGAAGGAAAGACGAUGAGAGACUUGCUUCUCAACUUGCCUCUUUGCAACAAAGGGGGUAUGUGCAACCUGAGGUUGGAUUCAUUAAGCAGGAGGUGGUUACCCCGACAUUACCACAACAGACAUUCUCAUUUCCAAAUGUUUCCAACAGCAUUGCUACACAAGGUAGUCAGCCAGACAUAACAAGUGCAGCCAUUCAGUCGUUCACUGGGAAUCGUAUGUCUUCAAAUACCACCUUUAGUGGGCAGCAAAAUGGGACUGUAAACAAUCAGAAUGCUGCUUUGAGGUAUCAGAACGGGAAUUCUCAGUUCAUGAAUCAAGAAGACAGUAACAUGAACUUUCUGAACUCGCUGUCAAAUGUUGGACUUACAAAUAAGCGUACUGGGUUACCUGCGCAGGGAAGCAACCUGUGGAACGCUAACCCACCUUCAAAGCCAAACAUUAUGCAACAAGGGUUAAGAAACUUGCUCCAGAGCCCUAACAGUAUUCCCGCGCCAACACAAAACGCUUUGCCUGUCUCAUUGCCUCAAUCAGACAUGCCAUUCUUACCACAGCAAAAUGUCAACUUGAAUACUCAAGGCAGCUCCUUUAACAUGACUAUGGUUCCAAAUUUAAGCCAUCUGGAAACAUUGCUUCAGUCAACGCAGCUGCCCGCUAAUAACUAUCAGAACCUGAAUGGCACAAGUAUGGUUUUCAGCAAUCAAAACUCAAGAAAGGUAUGA